AUGAUUGACGAGCUCGAGAUAUUGGUCCCCGAGCAAACCCCCAACCUUGCAACUGUCAUUCCUGCAAUGGACCUUAUUGAUGAGCGGCUGACAACAUAUUCUUGCGAUACCAAGUUCUUACCAUCCAUUCAUUCUGCCAUUGGACUUGCCAAGAAGAUGCUUGACAGAUACUAUCAGCUGACGGAUAAAUCAGAGGUUUAUCGGAUUGCAAUGAUCUUACACCCACACCAUAAGCUAUCUUACUUCAAGUCCGCAGGCUGGGAGGAUGGAUGGAUCAAGAUUGCAGAGGAUCUCAUCCGCAAUGAGUUUGAGUGGUCCUAC